AUGAAACCCCAUAAGCUCCUGCCCUGGGUAUCAGCCCUAGUGCCCUCUACCACUGCCCGCACGGCAUCCUUCCACCCCCCACAUCGAGCAGACAUCACAUUCAGCAUCAGCGUCCCAUCGUCAUCAAAUCCAUCAUCCCUCCUCUUUCGAAUCCAAGCCCAGAAGUCGAUAGAAUGGAUAGCCCUCGCGCAAGGAACCCACAUGGCCAACGCAAAUAUGUUCCUUGUUUACGCUUCCCAAUCCGAUCCAAGCAAUAUCACUGUUUCUCCCCGAGCAGCCCCGGGGCAUGUUCCACCGCGGUAUAACCACAACGCGCGGGUAGCGCUUCUUUCUCACUCAGGAAUUGAUAUUGUCACUGGCGAUAUCACGGCGGAGAUUGAAUGUUUCACCUGUCUUAAGGGUUAUGGGGGAUUCAUGGAUCCCGACGGUGCAGAGACGCGCUGGGUAUGGGCUUUCAAGGAAAUAAAUGAAGAAGAUGAGGAGACUAGGCUGAGAUCAGAUGAUGUCACUGCGCGAAUUGCGUUCCAUGAUGAGUUUGGGAGGGUUAUUGUUGAUUUAUCCCGUGCGCGCACAGAUUCUUCUUCGAAGGAUCUCUUCUCGGACCCUGAUUUCGAUGCUGUACAUCCUGUCGACCAAACCGGUGACGACAGCAACAGCAAAUACGACAUGGCAAUUGCACAUGGAGUCCUCAUGUCUCUUGCUUUCUUUUUCUUGUUCCCGUCUUUUGCCCUCUCUGUUCCGCUCGGGUACCCGUUAAUGAAAAUCCACGCACCUCUGCAGGGAGUCACUCUUGGGAUUGCACUUCUCGGGGCAGUUCUGGGUUUCAAAAUCUGGAACUCAGCGGGGCGGAAUAUGCACCCGCAUCCGAUUCUCGGGCUUAUACUUAUAUCAAUCAUACUGCUCAUCCAGCCGAUGCUGGGAUACUUCCAACAUGUGCAUUUCCUUCGAGUUGGUGGGAAGAGUUAUUUUGCUUACAUGCAUCGGUGGCUUGGCCGAGUGGGAAUCCUACUUGGUGUUGUAAAUGGAAUUUGGGGAUUUGCGUGGGUUGGUGCUGCGGAUAGAGGAGCUGGGUGGUGGCAUACGGCGAUGGUUUGGUACUUGGUGGUUGCUGGGGUUGGACUUGUCGCGUAUGUGAGUGUUAGGGGGUGGCUUGUACUGGUCUUGGAGAGGAAGAGAAAAGGGGUUCUGGCCGAUAUUCAGCGGAGAGUUGAUGGGGGUUAUAGGGAUUUGGACGAAGAUGAGGAUGAGGACGUUGGGGAGAUUGUUGUGCGGUGA